UUCGCUUAAAACUCAUAAAAGCCUUCACUUUCUCCCGCGUCUAUAUUUUCAAAAAAAAAACAAAACAGUCUUUCAAGAAAGUUCCUUCCUUUUUCUUUCUCUAAUCCUCCCUCCAUCCCCAUGGAUGAUGAUUCUAAAGAAACCAACGAACAUCAGCAGCAGCAGCAGCUACAACCACCGCAUGGGAUGCUAACGGGCUCCUAUAACCGCAACGCCGCCGCGUUAAUGGGUCCCACGUCCACUUCUCAGGCGAUGAUGCCCCACUGGUUAUCUGUCGGGGCUCCCUCGCUGCGCCAGCCUCAACAACCGCUCGGGCUCGACGGAUCACCUUCCUCUGUUCCGACGCAACAGCCGUAUAUGCAAUUCGGGAACGAGCAAGGACGAUCAAAGAGGAAGUAUGCUCCUGAUGGCAUUGAUCUUUCUCUGCGUCUUUCUCUUCCUUCAGCUUCUGAUGGUGGUGGUGCAAGUGCUAGCAGAGGUCGUCCUCCUGGCCCCGUCAAGAAGCAGCUCAACGCUUUAGGAGGAGGAGCAGGAACACCGUUUAUACCUGUAAUCAUUAAGGUCGAAGCUGGAGAGGACAUAGCUGCAAAGAUAGUGGGGUAUACCCAUCAAGGGCCAGGCGGGGUCGUUAUUCUCUCAGCUUUAGGAGCUGUAUCUAGUGCGGUGCUUCAGUCUAGCAAUCCUAACAUUCCUAGUGCAGUUGUUAAGUAUGAGGGACAGUAUGAAAUCGUUGCUAUGUCAGGUUCUUUCUUGAAUACAGAGAGUAAUGGUACUUUGACCAGCACUGAUAACUUGAGCGUGACUCUGGCUAACCACAAUGGCAAUAUUGUUGGGGGUUCUGUAGCUGGAAUGCUAGUUGCUGGGUCACAAGUCCAGGUCGUUGUUGGAAUCUUUGUACCAGAGAGAGCGAAUUUGAGCGCAGGGCGCGUUGAGAAUAACCCCGAGACAGCUUCUGCUUCAGCAUCGGCCAGUGGUGUUGGACCAGGGAGCCCUGACCAGAUGUACCAUGUUCGCCUCUGGCCUGGCAGCAACCCUCAGUAAGCAAAUGGUUCGUGGGUUGACCUCACCGGAUUUGCUUCUCUGUUGGUUUUACACAUCUCUCCAUCAGAAUUGUCCAUAAGUAUAUUGAUCUGUCUUACUUCUCUCUUGUCUUCCUCUUCCUAACAUUCUCUUCAGUGUAGCUUUGGUUUUAGAUAAAUAAAAAGAUAUAUU